GGAUCCAAAAUGGCGGCAGUUGCAGUGGCCCCGCAGUAAAACCGAGCAGCGAGUGAAUGAAGUCAGCUGAUCUCUCUCUGCUGUCACGCAUCACAGCCACCAUCGUUUCUCUCUCGAGGCAAGACACUAAACCACCACCUCACAACUAGACGUCGGACUCAUAAAUCUGUGAAGAUGGACAUGUCCAAGCUGCCCAAGAUCAGGGAUGAGGAGAGAGAGAGCCAGUUUGGAUACGUUCAUGGAGUCUCCGGACCAGUGGUGACAGCCACGGCCAUGGCGGGAGCAGCCAUGUACGAGCUGGUCCGUGUCGGCCACUGUGAGCUGGUGGGAGAGAUUAUCAGGCUGGAGGGAGACAUGGCCACCAUCCAGGUGUACGAGGAGACAUCCGGUGUGUCUGUUGGAGAUCCCGUGCUACGGACAGGGAAACCUCUCUCCGUGGAGUUGGGUCCAGGAAUCAUGGGCUCCAUCUUUGAUGGUAUCCAGCGACCACUAAAGGACAUUAACGACCUCACACAGAGCAUCUACAUCCCCAGAGGUGUGAACAUCGGAGCCCUCAACCGAGACCUCAAGUGGGAGUUCAAUCCGUGCAAGAGCCUGCGGGUUGGCAGUCACAUCACAGGAGGCGACAUCUAUGGCAUGGUGCAUGAGAACUCCCUCAUCAGGCACAAGAUCAUGCUGCCUCCCAAAAACAGAGGAACUGUGACCUACGUGGCUCCGCCUGGAAACUACGACGUCAACGAUGUGGUGAUGGAGCUGGAGUUUGAGGGGGUGAAGGAGAAGUUCACAAUGGUUCAGGUGUGGCCCGUCAGACAAGUGCGACCGGUCACAGAGAAGCUGCCCGCCAAUCACCCGCUGCUGACCGGACAGAGAGUGCUGGACGCUCUUUUCCCAUGUGUGCAGGGAGGAACCACAGCCAUCCCCGGAGCCUUCGGUUGUGGAAAGACUGUCAUCUCUCAGUCCCUGUCCAAGUAUUCCAACAGUGACGUCAUCAUCUACGUAGGCUGCGGGGAGCGUGGUAACGAGAUGUCAGAAGUACUGCGAGACUUCCCCGAGCUCACCAUGGAGGUGGACGGGAAGACGGAGAGCAUCAUGAAGAGAACAGCGCUGGUGGCCAACACCUCCAACAUGCCUGUAGCUGCCAGAGAGGCCUCCAUCUACACAGGAAUCACGCUGUCUGAGUAUUUCAGAGACAUGGGAUACAACGUGAGCAUGAUGGCUGACUCCACCUCCCGUUGGGCCGAGGCUCUCAGGGAGAUUUCGGGCCGUCUGGCUGAGAUGCCUGCUGACAGCGGUUAUCCUGCCUACCUUGGCGCCCGUCUCGCCUCCUUCUAUGAGCGUGCUGGCAGGGUGAAGUGCCUGGGCAACCCUGAGAGGGAGGGCAGCGUCAGUAUCGUUGGAGCUGUGUCACCUCCUGGUGGUGACUUCUCUGACCCCGUCACAUCAGCCACCCUCGGUAUUGUACAGGUGUUCUGGGGUCUGGAUAAGAAGCUGGCUCAGAGGAAGCACUUCCCCUCUGUCAACUGGCUGAUCAGCUACAGCAAAUACACUCGCGCUCUGGACGAGUAUUACGACAAACACUUCCCGGAGUUUGUGCCCCUGCGUACCAAAGCCAAGGAGAUCCUGCAGGAGGAGGAGGACCUGGCUGAGAUCGUGCAGCUCGUUGGAAAGGCAUCGCUUGCAGAAACAGAUAAAAUCACCCUAGAAGUGGCCAAACUGAUCAAAGACGACUUCCUGCAGCAGAACGGUUACACUCCAUAUGACAGGUUCUGUCCCUUCUACAAGACCGUGGGCAUUCUCUCCAACAUGGUGUCUUUCUACGACAUGGCACGACACGCGGUGGAGACAACGGCUCAGAGCGACAACAAGAUCACCUGGGCCAUGAUCAAGGAGCACAUGGGAGAAAUCCUCUACAAGAUCAGCUCAAUGAAAUUCAAGGACCCGGUGAAGGACGGCGAGGCCAAGAUCAAGGCGGACUACGCUCAGCUACUGGAGGACAUGCAGAACUCCUUCCGCACAUUGGAAGAAUAGGCUCCCACCUCUCUCCACCUCCCUGGUUGUCAUCUCUGAGCCCUCCACUGCAGAAUCACAUUCCACCUCCUCGUAUUCCCGAAACACCCCACGUGCUCCCCUGUGCUCCUUUUUUGUGAGUGUGCGUGUGAGUGUGUGUGUGCGCGCCUUUUCAUGUGGAGGGAAAAGAGAAAGAUGUACUGUAUUCAUUAUCAUGUGUUGCCUCUUGUCGGCGUACUCUGGAUCCUCUGCAUGGUCGCUGAUCGUGCAUGCGUGUGUGGGUUUACCGUGUGUGUGACAGAAGUAUCUCUGCGCCGUUUUCUUCCUCUCUCUCUCUGUUUACAUGAUUUUUUUUUCUCCUGUGUGCGUAACCGUGUUGCUCUUCCUCAAGAGAAUUGUUCGGUUGAUGUAUUGUAAUUCAUGAACCAUCUGUACAGAAGAGUAUUGAAUAUAAAUUUAAUAAGAUCAGUCUAUUUAUUGCCAGCAUUUUUGACGUGAAGGCUUUGUUGUUCUUUCUUUUUUUUUGUUUUUGUUUUUGUUUUUAUGGUUGUGUUUCACGCCGUGCAGUGUCGUGUACUUUGCUGUGUGAAUGUGUAAGAGUCGGUGACGCUCUGCUGUCCAACACUUUUCAUCAUGUUACUCCCAAAGAAUUAAAACAUGGGGGAAGGAAAAAAAAAAAAAAA